AUGAACCCUCGAAUGACCAUGAAUAACAGAGGCUAACAACCUCAAUAGCAAAACGGCCUUAGAAAUGAUUACUAAAGUGUAGUUUAAGGCAUCUAAUCUUUAAUGGGAAUCUCAUUUUCAGCUGUUCAAUUGUGCAUAUUUGGUUCAAUGUUGAUGGAGAAAACUAAGAAAUUAUUGGAAUUCUUUAAAUCGGGAGCUGUCACUUCAAUUAAUAAACUGUUAACAUUGCUCCGAAUCAAGCAAUUUCUUAAAGGGGAAUUGACUAUGACAUAGAUAGGUAAAUCAGUAGUAAACACUAGUACUCAAAUUGGUAAGUAAUGGAUAAUUGCAAUACGAUUGCUUUUGUUAGUUGUCAUUCUAUUGAUUGGUGCGUUGUUGGCACAUAUGAAGAAGAAAAUCAAAGAAAAAUAAGAAAUUGAAGUUGCAUUAAAGUAAUAAGAAAUCGAAGAAGCAGAACAAUAAUAAUAAUUAGAUAAUCAAGUUGACACAUCUCAAUUACCUAUACAAUAAAAUGAUUUCUGGAAUCAUAGUGAAGAAAACACAUCGAAUUAAGAGCAAUAACCUUUAUAAUAACAAUUAUCAAACCCUGUCCCAACAAUUAACUACCUUAAUGAUCUCCCAGGAUUCUCCAAUACCGGUAAUCCAAGUAAGCCAUGGAUGAAAUGAUCAAUUUUAAUAUUUUAAUAUAUAUAUAUUUAUAUCAUAAAU